UUGUCUUAUUCUUUUUAGCUUCUUUUCAAAGCACUCAGCACAAACAAAUUUGCGAACCCUAAUCCCGUAGUACCAGCUCUACAGUUCUUCACUCUUCGAAUUGAGGACUUAAAUUGAAGGAAAAAGAUUAAGAGGAAACAGAGGUAGUAUGGAUUCAAAUGCGCGAGAAGGUUUGGACUCGAAGGCGGAAUUUCGGAAGCCUUCGAAUGAUGCGGCUAACCGGAAGUACAGGCGUAGAUCUCCUGUUGGAGGAUCUUCUUCAUCUGAUGGGAGUCCACGCCGCGAGCGCAGCUCAAGUCCAGUCCCAUCAAAGAAAGAUAUUUCUAAACUUGCUGAUGAUACGCGAAAAAAGGAUGAUAGUAGGAGCCAGUCGGGCCGCAGUGGUGAAUCAUAUAAACAUUCUGAUCGGCAGUCAUCUAGGAGCUACCAUAGGCAUGAUGACCGUAGCAGACGUGAUAGGCAUGUGGAUGACUAUGACAGGGGUUAUUCUAAGCCAUCCUAUCGUUCUGGCCGGGACUCACGUGACUACAAUAAUUUGGAUCAUUCUAAGGGGGAUAAAGAGCACCGAUCUAGAGAUUAUGUGAAUGAUGUGGAUACAUACUCUCAUUCAAAAUUGGAUGGUUCAGGGCAUAGAAAUAGGGAUAAGGAUUCGUAUGAUAGAGCAGGAUCUGGUAGGAGGCAUGCUAACAUGGAGGAAAGGGACAGGGAUAGAGACAGAGAGAGGCACAGAGAGGAUAAAGGUGACCGAUAUGGAAAGACAGAUUAUAGAAAGGGUUCUGUGGAUCAUAAAACUGAUCGUUCACCAGCUUAUGAAGAGUCACGGGGCCAACAAAAUGAUUCAUCAUCUCGAAGGGAUAGUUCUGGGCAUCGAUUGAGAGAAGCUUCUCAGAGAGAUGCCAAGGAACUAGAUGCUGAGAGAUCUGCAACUGAUGAAAAGAGAAGACAUGAGAAUCGUGGUGUAUAUAAGGAUCAACAUAAUUCAGAACCAAAAGAGCAUUCUGAUGACGUAUCCACCAAAGGUCAAGAUUCUGUUGCUAAGAAGCCAAAGAUUUCCAGCCUGGAAAGCACAGGUCCUGGUACAGAAGGCAACUCUGAUCAGGCUUUCGUGAAAGAUUCUGAUAUCGAUGCUGCAAAAAUUGCUGCUAUGAAAGCUGCUGAAUUAGUUAAUAGGAAUUUAGUUGGAACUGGGUAUAUGUCGACUGAUCAAAAGAAGAAGCUUUUGUGGGGCAACAAGAAGAAUACCGCUGUCGAAGAGUCUGCUCAUCGUUGGGAUACAACAAUGUUUGGUGACCGUGAACGACAAGAAAAAUUCAACAAACUCAUGAGUCUGAGGUUGCAUUGGUACCUAUGGCCAAUUGUAGGGCGUGAAGGGCGAUGCAAAGAUGGAGCAGAAGCCAGACAAUCCCGAUGUGGAGAAGCAGCGGGAGCAGCUUCAGAUGGAGCUGGAGAAGCAAUACACAGCUGGAUUGCGUCGGAGAGAUGGUCGAACUGUUGGGCUCGGUCUUUAAGAUUUUCCUUUAGCUACCCUCGUGCUUGUAUCAGGGGAUCUUCUGGGAUCAUGUUGUACUGCAUGAAAAAACUAUUUUGUAAGAUGUUAAACGAUCAUCAUGUCCGGAUCUCCCAGUCUUUGGUCAUGAUCUGUAAGGUUACUAGAUAUUCAAUGUUUUCCAAAUUAUUCACACUUAAUGUGUUUCGAGGACUUGGCUUGUCUUCCAGGAGUCUAUGUGCCUACUUUUGUCAAUCUUUUGUUAAAUGUUGUUUCUUUUUGCCUUUUGGAUGGAUUGGUUAUUUUGUGUCCUUAGGUCCAAGUUUUUUUCACACUGGAAUUGCUCAUUGUUCUGCGACACAUCUCGUAGAAUAGGGUUCAUCUGUUAAC